AUGAAAAUCCUUGUGGCAUUUCUGGUGGUGCUGACCAUCUGUGGGCUACAAUCUCAUGGAUAUGAGGUUUAUAACAUCUUCAGCCCAAGCAACAACGGGGGCAACAUUCAAGAGACAGUGACGAUUGACAAUCAAGAAAACACUGCCACUGUGGACAUCCAUGCAGGAUCCUGCUCUUCUACCACGAUUUUUGACUAUAAACAUGGUUACAUCGCCUCCAGGGUGCUCUCCCGAAGAGCCUGCUACAUUGUAAAGAUGGACCAUGCAGCCAUCCCGGCUCUGGAUAAACUCCAACGGUACAUCUAUGAGAAGCAGAUGAUGAAAACCAUGACUUCCAGUGAGUAUACCUGGGUCAAGUACAACCCACUGAAGUCUCUGUUCACCAAAGUGGACUGGUUCCUGUUUGGGUCGCCCAUUGAGCAACUCUGCAAACACAUCCCCUUGUAUGAGGGGAAAGUGGUUGAAAAAUCACAUAAAACUGGUGCCGGAGCUUGUGCAAAGGCUGGGCUGCUGGGCAUCUUUGGAAUUUCCAUCUGUGCAGGCCUUCAUGUUUAG